AUGGCCUCGGACGAGGAAGAUGACUACAUGAACAUGAUCAUCGAGGAGCCGCAACAAAAAGAAACAUUUACACAGAAGAAGCGCCGGCUUCAACGAGAGGCCGAAGCCCGCGCGCGUGUCCCUUCAAAAGCCGAGCGCGCCGCCCAAGAAGCCGCCAAACGCGAUGCAGCGCUUGCAACGAGCACACUCAACCCCUCCAACAAGGGGUUCCAGAUGAUGGCGAAGCUGGGUUUCAAGCCGGGUCAGACGUUAGGAAAGCAACAAGCGCCUGGUGCUGUCGAUACCGGCUUAGGGUCGUCAGGUGAUAAGGAUGAUAAUAAAGAUGGCAGUGACUCCCAGGCGCACGGUCACGCAGAACCUCUGAAUCUCAUCUUCAAGGAGGAUAGAGGAGGAAUUGGUCUGGACAGUGAGCGAAAGCGCAAGUUCCGCGAGGAGGCUGAGGAUGCCGUGAAGAAGGUGAAGCAGGAUCAGGGCGAUUAUCGAGAUCGAGUAAGACUGGAGCGGGAGAUGAAGCGGACCGAGGCGCAGGUUCAUGCCGCGCAGAAGGUUGCGGAGCGGCUGGAUGCGGAGGAGAAUGGGGAGGCCGAACUGGAUGCAGCGAACAAUGCCGAGGCCGAAGGGAGCGAUGAGAAUGGGGAAGAGGACGAGUCCGAUGGCGCAAAGCCGAAGAAGGCCAAAGCCAAAGCACCGGUGAAACCAACCUCCCAAAUCAGCGUUCUCUACCGCGGCCUCGUGCGCGAGCGCGAAGAAAAAGAGCGCGCCAUCCAAACGAGACAUAUGCUACAGCAAUCAUUACCAACGUCCUUCUUCCCGAACCCACGAUUACCGGGGUACGAAGAUGCCGCGCUAGAUCGGGAAGACCGCGAAGCGCUCAGUGACGGGCCCGACCUCACCACUGUCCUCGAACAAGAGCUCGAAGAAGAAGACCCCGAGCUAGACGAGUUCAAUGCUCUAGAGCCGGCGGAACGGUUGAAGCUAUUGGUGGAAUACCUGCGCGAGAAACACUACUACUGUUUCUGGUGCAAGUAUCGCUACGAGAAUGCAGAAGAGAUGGAGGGUUGUCCUGGUGUGACCGAGGAGGACCAUGAUUGA